AUGUCAACAAUUAAACCAAAAAAACCAAUCAUAUCAAUAGUUGGUACAACAGGAGUUGGAAAAUCUCAAUUUAGUAUAGAUUUAGCAAAACAUGUAAAUGGAGAAAUUAUUAAUGCAGAUUCAAUGCAAGUAUACAAAGGAAUGGACCUAAUAACGAACAAACAUCCAUUAAAUGAAAGAGAAGGUAUACCUCAUCAUGUUAUUGAUUAUGUAAAUUGGAAUGAAGAAUAUUUCAUACAUAGAUUUACAAAAGAUGCAAAUUUAGCUAUUGAUGAUAUUCAUAGUAGAGGUAAAAUACCUAUUGUUGUUGGAGGUACUCAUUAUUAUUUACAAUCUUUAUUAUUCAAUAAUAAAACAAUGGAUAAGUCAAAAGAAAUUGAAGGUACCGAAUUAACUUCUAAUCAAUUACAAAUACUAGAUGGACCAACAGAUAUACUAUUCAAUACAUUAUUAAAAAUUGAUCCAAUUAUAGCUGAAAAAUUCCAUCCAAAAGAUCAUAGAAAACUACGACGUGCAUUAGAAAUUUGGUAUACCACAAAUACAAAACCUUCAGAAAUUUAUCAUGUACAAAAAAUUGAUGAAUUAGAACAAAGUUCUUUAAAAUAUAAUGCUAUUGUAUUCUGGUUAUAUUCAGAUAUGAAAUUAUUAAAUGAGAGAUUAGAUAUACGUGUUGAUAAAAUGAUAGAUAGUGGAGCAAUUGAAGAAAUUGAUGAAUUAUAUAAGAGUUAUGUUGAAAAUAAAGCUGACUGUACAACUGGAAUAUAUCAGGUUAUUGGUUUCAAAGAGUUCUUACCAUGGUUAGACAAUUCGAAACAAGAUUCAAAGCAACUAGCUGAAGGUAUAGAAAGAAUGAAAAUUAGAACUCGUCAAUACGCAAAAUAUCAAGUUAAAUGGAUUCAAAAAACUUUACAUCUUGAGUUGGAAAAGGAAUCUAAAUUUGAUUAUAUAAAUGGUGGGAAAUUAUUUGUUUUAGAUGCAUCUGACUUGACUAAUUGGAAUGAAACUGUAAGAGAUAGAGGUAUAAGAAUAACAGAUGAAUUUUUAACCAACUCACCACCUACGAAUUUCCCGAUACCACAAACUCCACCAGGCUUGGAAUCACUACUUACAGAAAAAUCUAACUCCAGAUCAAAUAAAAUAAUAGGUUCAAAUUCGCAAUGGAAACAUUAUAAAUGCUCAAUAUGUAAAGACUCUCAAGAUCAAGAAUUUAUUGCAAUUGAUGAAGAAAAAUGGAAACAACAUUUAACUGGUAAAAGACAUAAAAAAAAUUUAAAUUCUGAUGCAAAGAAAAGACAUAUUGAAGAAAUGAUUGCAUUACAUAAAAGUAAAUAG